CAAAGAGAUUUCGGCUACUUCAUCUUCUUGCCGCCCACAAUCCUUCCUUCCGUCCCUUCAACCUUUGCUUUUUGAAAACUCUCUCUUUAGCUUGCAGCUACCACCAUUUGAUACUUUUCCUCUAUCAUCCGGUGGUGGGUGGGAGGGAGUCUACCAUUGUCUUCUGGCUGUACGACGUUCCCCGUUCUGAUGGCGAGCUUCUUCAAUUCCUUUCGCAGGAGGGGACGGAGACCCGAACCAGCUGCAGACCAGGCGCCCGAGCUAGCUUUAGACCAAGAAAGUAACGGUGAUCCCGAUGAUCGCUCUGAGCCUGAGCAGGCCACAGACGACCAGCUAAGUGUUCCUGAAUCCGGGAGACACUCGUCUCUCAACGUCCCUUCCGACUCCUCACGUUCUACCGACUCCACACGACCUCCUAGUCUGCUGGCCGACUUUCACAAUGCAGCGCCGGGAAUGAGCGAGGAUGCCAAGUUUGGCAUGGUAGCCAACUUUAUACAUAUGAAACAGGAAGAAAAGCUCUGGACGACCGGCGCCCCAGGUGAAGGUGUCUUCUUGAAGAAGAACAGGGGGUCGUACAUCACUUGUCCCGAGACGCUGGAGUACGAUGGCUCAAUGACCUUCGAAGCUAUACACCAGCUGAAUGUCAAGGCAGCUAUGACAAUCAAGACCAAGGUCAUUGAGAUGCUUCUCAGCGACAGCGAGAUCCCUUUUGUCCAGAUCAACGAGGGCGUUCGUCUCCAAGUUAUUCCCGAUAUCGAGGCACUCCCCUUCUGCCAGAAGCACCAGUCCGCCGCGUUCGUGCUGUCCAAGAGGAUGCUCGUCGUCUGGGAAGACCAGCCGCACAUGCUCGUGAAGCGUGCAGCUGACAUCGAUGAUGCACUGUUCAACAUGGUUUGCCAGGGCCCACCACUCAACGACAAGCUCGAUAGGGACGAUCCGAAAAAUACAUACUUCCACUGGCAAGGCAUCCAUGUAGAAAGCGAAAAGGAUGAGCGACGCUCAAUCGUCAUCUGGCAGCCCUUCUUCACCGCCUCCACUUUGAUCCUCGUGCUCACUGCCCUUGGCGGCGGCUGGAGACAGAUAUGCAUUGAGAUCGCCAUGGACGGGGGCUUCAAGCGGUUGCUGUUCCUGCUCUGUGUCAUCCCGCAGCUCUGGCUCGGCCUAUUCUUCUUCCAGGCGCUCGUUGGCAACUUCGCCCAGAUCGUCGGCUGCGUCGGCCACAUGAAGCUCAACACCAAAGUCUACUCGGGCAAAGCGCCGUUCCGCCUAUGCGCGACCGAACUGCCCCACAUCACCAUCCAGAUGCCCAUCUUCCGCGAGAACCUUCGCACCGUCAUCGCGCCCACCCUGCGCUCGCUGAAGGCCGCCAUCUCCACGUACGAGAUGCAGGGCGGAAGCGCAAACAUCUUCGUUAACGACGACGGCAUGCAGAUGAUGUCCGACGAGGAGGCCAAGGAGCGCCAGACGUGGUUCGACGAGAACAAUAUCGGGUGGGUGGCGCGCCCGCCGCACAAUCCUGACGGCAGGAUCGAGCACAAACCGCUGCACAACCGCCGCGGAAAGUUCAAGAAGGCGAGCAACAUGAACUAUGGGCUGCGCGUGAGCACGGAUGUCGAGAAGCAGUUGACGGGCCCCCGCUACGACUGGCAGCGCGAGAACAACGACUGGAGCCAGCAGCAGGAGAACGACGCAUACAGCGCAGAGCUCGCGGCCAUCAUUGAUCAGAACGGCACGUGGGCCGACGGCAACAUCCGCAUCGGGGACUACAUCCUCGUCGUGGACUCUGACACGCGCGUGCCGGCGGACUGCCUGCUUGAGGCCGUCAGUGAGAUGGAGAAGUGCCGUGACGUCGCCAUCCUGCAGUUUGCGUCGGGCGUGAUGAACGUGACGACGAGCUUCUUCGAGCGCGGCAUCACCUUCUUCACCAACCUCGUGUACACGCAGAUCAAGUUCGCGGUAUCCAACGGCGACGUCGCGCCCUUUGUUGGGCACAAUGCUGUUCUGAGGUGGUCCGCGGUGCAGGAGAUUGCGUACAAGACGACGGAGCGCAUGGUGCUGCCUGUGCGGGACGAAACCGAGGAACAAAACUUGGUUCUGGAGGAUGUGGUUGAUCCUGAGACGGGGGAGCCGAUCCUGGACGAAGUUACCGAAAGGGCGAUACAGCAGCCGGUCUUCGAGACAAAGGAUGAAGAGGUCGAGAAGUACUGGUCAGAGGAGACGGUGAGCGAGGACUUCGACAUGGCGCUGCGGCUGCAGAACGUGGGGUAUAUUGUCCGGCUCGCGGCGUACCAGGGGGAUGGGUUCAAGGAGGGCGUGAGUUUGACGGUGUAUGAUGAGUUAAAUCGGUGGGAGAAAUACGCCUACGGCUGCAACGAGCUUAUCUUCCACCCCCUUUCGUCCUGGCCCACGCGCGGUCCGCUCACCCCGCUCUUCCUCCGCUUCCUGACCUCGGGCAUCCCUUUACCUUCCAAGCUCACAAUUAUCGCCUACAUCGGAACCUACUAUGCGCUGGGCUCGGCCUGGCUGCUCACCCUCAGCAACUACUUCCUCAUCGGCUGGUUCAACGGUAUGCUCGACCACUACUACAUCGACAGCUUCAAAGUCUACUUUUCCAUUGUCUGCGUGUUUUCCGCGUUGGGCAAUAUCGCCCUGGCGCUGAUGCGGUACCGCAACAACGAGGGCUCCCUCCACGGCAACCUCAUCGAGAAUCUCACCUGGGUCCCCCUCCUAGUCAUCUUCCUCGGCGGUAUCUCCUUCCACAUCAGCCACGCGCUGCUCUGGCACUUCCUCAACCUGGAUAUGUCCUGGGGCGCCACGGCCAAGGAAGUCUCUCUCCUCCCGUUUUUCGAAGAGGUGCCCGUCGUGCUGCGCAAGUUCAAGUGGACGUUCCUCUGGUGCGGCGCCGUCGCGACUGCGAUGCUGUACUGCGCGUAUGGACUGGACGAGAUGUGGCGGAUCCGGUUCUUCACGCCCGUGUAUCCGCUCGCGUGUGUGGUGGUGAGUCAUGCGCUGGUGCCCGUGGUGUUGAAUCCGAACUUGAUGCGGUUUACUUGGUGAGCGGUGGGGCGCUUGGUUUUGGUUGAUUGGUUUUUCCGUAAUUCUGUCGCAAUUCAAAUGGGAGAGUUGAGUAUUGAGUGGGGACUUUACUAUGCUGUGCUGCGCUUCGACGGCCGUGCAUG